AUGCAUAGUUGGGGGCGGACUUGAAAGUCACCCGGAUGUGAUAGACCAUGUGCACUUCUGCCUCUCUGAAGCUCAGUUACGCUGCGCUGCUGUCCUCUCCUUAUCACGUUAUAACAUUCCUUGCUGUAGACCUGUGACAACAGCGAUCACCAAUUUACAAAGAUGUUCCGUCUAGCCACAGUCAUGAGACAGGUGAGGCCAGUGUCAAGGGCUCUGGCACCCCACCUCACACGGGCCUAUGCCAAGGAUGUGAAGUUUGGAGCUGAUGCCCGUGCCCUCAUGCUGAAGGGCGUGGAUCUGCUGGCUGAUGCAGUAGCCGUGACUAUGGGCCCUAAGGGCCGCACGGUGAUCAUCGAGCAGAGCUGGGGCAGCCCCAAGGUCACCAAGGACGGCGUGACCGUGGCCAAGAGCAUCGACCUCAAGGACCGCUACCAGAACAUCGGCGCCAAGCUGGUGCAGGACGUGGCCAACAACACCAACGAGGAGGCCGGCGACGGCACCACCACCGCCACGGUGCUGGCACGCGCCAUCGCCAAGGAGGGCUUCGACUCCAUCAGCAAGGGGGCCAACCCCGUGGAGAUCCGCCGCGGCGUCAUGAACGCCGUCGACGUGGUCAUGACGGAGCUGAAGAGGCUCUCCAAGCCUGUCACCACCCCCGAGGAGAUUGCCCAGGUUGCCACAAUUUCAGCCAACGGAGAUGAGGAGAUUGGAAGCAUUAUUUCCAACGCCAUGAAGAAAGUGGGCCGCAAGGGAGUCAUCACCGUGAAGGAUGGCAAGACUCUGCACGACGAGCUGGAAAUAAUUGAGGGUCUGAAGUUUGACCGUGGCUACAUUUCUCCCUACUUCAUCAACACCGCUAAAGGCCAGAAGUGUGAGUUCCAGGACGCCUACCUGCUGCUGAGCAUGAAGAAGAUCUCCACCGUCCAGAGCAUUGUUCCUGCCCUGGAGAUUGCCAACCAGCAGCGCAAGCCUUUGGUCAUUGUGGCUGAGGAUGUGGACGGAGAGGCCCUCAGUACUCUGGUUCUCAACAGACUUAAGGUUGGCCUCCAGGUGGUUGCUGUUAAGGCUCCAGGCUUUGGGGACAACAGGAAAAAUCAGUUGAUGGAUAUGGCCGUCGCCACUGGUGGCACUGUGUUCGGUGACGACGCCGUGGGCCUGGCUCUAGAAGACAUCCAGGCUCAUGACUUCGGCAGGAUCGGAGAGGUGCAGGUGACCAAAGACGACACCAUGCUGCUGAAGGGCGGCGGCAGCGCGGAGGCCGUGGAGAAGCGUGCUGCAGAGAUCAUCGAGCAGCUGGAUGAAUGCACCAGUGACUACGAGAAGGAGAAGCUCAACGAGAGGCUGGCCAAGCUCUCCGACGGCGUGGCUGUCCUUAAAAUCGGAGGCACAAGUGACGUGGAGGUGAACGAGAAGAAGGACCGCGUUACCGACGCUCUGAACGCCACCCGGGCCGCCGUGGAGGAGGGCAUUGUGCCCGGCGGCGGCUGUGCCCUGCUGCGCUGCAUCCCUGCCCUGGACGCCAUGAAGCCCAUCAACGCCGACCAGAAGAUCGGUAUCGAUAUCAUCAGGAGGGCGCUCCGCAUCCCAGCCAUGACCAUUGCCAAGAACGCCGGUGUGGACGGCUCCCUCGUGGUGGAGAAGAUCCUGCAGGGAGGAGCCGAGCUGGGCUACGACGCGAUGAAGGGAGAAUUUGUCAACAUGGUGGAGACGGGCAUCAUCGACCCCACCAAGGUUGUGAGGACGGCCCUUAUGGACGCCGCGGGCGUUGCUUCCCUGCUGUCCACCGCUGAGUGUGUUGUCACGGAGAUCCCCAAGGAUGAGAAGGAGAUGCCAGGUGGCGGAGGCAUGGGUGGAAUGGGCGGCAUGGGUGGCAUGGGAGGAAUGGGUGGCAUGGGUUUCUAAGCCAGCACCAUAAACAAAGAUAAGACUUCGGGGCAGCGUUGUGCCAGGGAGAGAAGAGCCUUCCGGCCGCCGAGCUCCCUCCCACCACCACCACGGCCAGCCCAAACUGACCCACCCCUCUCAUUCCUCCCUCCCUCCCUCCCUUACUGGUUCCCAGAAGAAAGCCUUGCCCCACCCAGCACCACUGCGUCCUCCUCGCCUUUCCUAACCCAUGCACAUAAUAAAGCUCAUCAUCCAUGGACUGGGGGGCAGAGGACCAGCCAGUGUCCCUGUUUACACCCUCCAGUGCUGUCCAAGAAAUCAUAACGAAAGAGUACAAUAAAUGUAUAUGUAGGUGAAGCUGUAAAAUGAUAUAUGGGAGAAGAAGCUAAUGUACAUCUUUAUUUUCUUACUCUUGCAAGAAAUAAUCUUAAAGAUUAUUUCUGUCAAGUGUUAUGAAUACUAAAAAACAAACUAUCUCUAUUAAUGUAAAAUGUUGAUGGAGAAAAUCGAGCCUAGCCAAGAAUGUUUCACCGUCAAAUGUAUUUGUUUUUUCAGUUUUGUCCGUUUUAUACAUGUCCUGGGUUCGUAUAUGGCUUAAAAACUCAACUAAGCUGAGCCAAUUAAACCAAUGUUCUCUGGCAUAUGAGCAUUUGCAGACAUUUAUUGUGAUGGGUCAAUACUUCUGAUCAUCUGAUCGGUUACAGAUCAGGUUUGUAUAUGACCAUUGUAGUUGGACAAAAGUGCCUCGUUUAGAAAUGUGAAACAGCAAGGUUUCGAGUCUGAUGUGGCCAUCUUAAGUCUGCCGCAAUACAUUUCUGUUUUACGCCUUUUGCUCGAAUACCAUCUUAAACAUCAUGAGGGAACGCAUGGGCAGCUGAGUUUUAAAUUAAUUUUCCAGAUAAUGUUCUGGGUAGGACUGGCUGGGCUGGGUAACCUGGUGGUGCUCGAGUUGAAAAUGUGUUUUGGACCAUGUCGCAGGUCUGAAACAAAUGUUUUCCUGUUCUCCUGCUGUCAAACAUCCACCAUAUGGACUCUUCGGUCCUCCCACAUCAGUGUGAACCAUUUAUGCUAAUUGGAUGCCGUUAACGCAAACAAGCCCAAAUAAUGUUACUUUUACAACCUAUGGGGUGGUACGUCCGUAGAACAUUAUUCCAUUGCAGUUCAGCAAGCAGUUGUCUUUCAGUUUCUGUUUUGUACUAUAGUCCAUAAUUACUGGUGAUUUUGUUUUUUUUAUUUAAUAAAAACAAUUAUAUUGAAA